GGUGGUAGCGCACAUGUUCAACAUUAAACUGUAUGAAAAAGACAGAUAUAUUGACUGUUAUAACCUUUUAAUAAAUUUGUAAUUAUAUCAUGAAUAGCAAGAGAGGUUUGUUAUGUAUCGCAACGAUUAUGUUGCUACUGAAAGUUUCGGAAUCAGUUCCUACCAGUAAUACAAAAGAUAUAGCAGAACUAAAGCUUCUACUGAACGAAGAAAGAGAUAGAAGGGCGGCAUUAGAGACCAACGUCAACAACUUACAGAACAUAAUAUACCUUAUACAGAGCGACAUGAUGAAACGUUUUGAGAUGAUAAAUGGACAAAUCGGCAAACUUGUGAAUGGACAGAACGUGGCUUUUUAUGCACGACUGUCUAAAAGUUAUGAAGAUAUUAAACCAUGGGCUACAAUCGUGUUUUCUGAUGUUGAAACAAAUACAGCAGGCGCUUACAACAGUGUCAACGGUGAAUUUACAGCACCCAUUGCAGGAACCUACGUUUUUUAUUCUAAUAUUCUUUCAAAUCCAGACAAGACUAUUGAGACGUCAAUCCAAGUUAACGGUGCCAACAAAAUGUAUUUAUAUUCAGGCGGAAAGUACAGAGGUUCCGGAAGUAACAUGGCUGUGGUUCAUCUAAAUACUGGAGAUAAAGUAAAAAUGGUUAAACAUGGACCUUGGGGACGGAAGCCUUUCUAUAUACAUCAGAGUUGGAGUUCAUUUUCCGGGUUUCUUCUCCGGGCUGAUGCGGCUGCCUUUGUACCAACAGCUUCUAUAUAGACGUAUAAUUACUAGGUAACGACAGAGUUCUUGUAACUACGUGAUGACAAGUGUGAUAUCACUAUUUGAUUACUGUUGAUGUUUUUUAUUCAAGUAAAAUUAUCAUCAGAGAAUACAUGACGUUUAGCAGUCUUGUGCAAGUCACUUCGCCUGUGAAUUCAAAAAGGACAAGUCAACAAGGGUUUCAGCACUGUACUGUACGAUAAAGUGAAUGUGCUUCUUUGUAAAAUACGUUUCAUCAAUUAUCUACUUCUUUUGUAUUAAACACAUAUACAACUGUAUUAAUUGAUACAAUA